AAAAAGUUGAUUUCAGCUUAUUUCAUCUCAAUCUCCUCGAACUCUAUCAUCUAAACAUCUUUUUGGAAUCAAGAAUCUGCCUGCCUGCCUGUCUGUCUGUCUGCUUACCUGCUUGCCUCUCUCUCUCUCUUCAGUUCAUUAUUUGACCCUCUUCCUUUAUUUUUCUCUUAUUUUUCUUUCCUUCUCUCGUCUCCUAAAAAAUGUACACAAGAGCAGCACCUCACAGUUCACCAAGACCUUUGAUCAACCCUCCAACCUACAUUGAACACAAAGGCAAACGGUUUUUGAUUGUCGAUGCACCCAGCAACAACAACCUUCCACUCUACAUACAGGAAUUUGAACGUUGGAACGUCACUGACGUCGUACGGUGCUGUGAAGCCACGUAUUCAAAGGAACCCCUGACAGCAAAGGGCAUUGAGGUGCAUGAUUGGGUAUUUGGGGACGGUGAAGCUCCACCAAGUCACGUCGUCGAUGUUUGGCUUAUGUUGAUCGACGAACGGUUCGGUAAUAAAGAAAGUGAAGAACAAAAACCGUGCAUUGCGACCCAUUGUGUGGCAGGUCUGGGAAGAGCACCUGUACUUGUAGCCAUUGCUCUUAUAGAAGAUGGAAUGCCUCCACUCGAUGCAGUUGCUUAUAUUCGUGAACGUCGUCGGGGAGCGAUCAACAACAAGCAACUCAAGUACAUUGAAACAUACAAACCACGAUCGAAGAAGCAGUGUAUCAUCAGCUGAAUCUACUUCUCUUUGCAUCACGCUGCAUUCUCUACGCUUUUUUUUCCCUCUUCCUUUCUCUCUCUAUCUCUCUUUUUGUGAGAGUGUAUAUGUAUAUAUGUAUGCAUAUGUAUGUAUGUAUAUUCUCAUCUUUAGGCAGAAAACAUCAACAACGAGCGAGCAAUCUCUUCACACGCACGCACACGCACUACACCCACACAUCUACCCAAAUAUACUCACUCGAACUACACUACACUACACUACACUACACUACACCGCACUACACUACACUACACUACACUGCACUGCACUGCACUAUAUACAUUCACACUUUACACUUUUAUACUUUUACACUUACAUAUACACCACCACCACCGUCACUAUAACCGCCAUCACCAUCAUCACCAACAUUUCUUUUCCUUCUUCUUCUUCUUUUUUGAAGCCUUUCUCUCUUUCUCUUCCUUUGUGUUUUUUUGUUUAAAUUUGAGAGGUUUGUCUGUU